AUGGCGGCGGCGAGCAUGGUUGGCAUGCCCAAGAGCCCCCGCUCGGUGGCCUUCGGGACGGCUGCCUCGCCCUUCGGGGACAGGAGGAAGGCCCGGUUCUGCGUCGCGGCGUGCGGCAGGGACGACCAGCAGCCGCCCCCGUCGAUGGCCGCGGUGCCAGCGUCGCUGCGGGCGAUCCAGGCCAAGAGGAAGAUGGCGGCGCAGGCGCGCGGGGUUCCGCGGGCGACGAGCGCGGCAGGGUGCGCGGUGGCCGCGCUCGCCGCCGCGGUGGAAGCCGUGCAGGGCGCGGCGGUCGGGGGAGCCUCCGGCGCCGCGCGCGGCGCCGGGGAUGCCGUGGCGUGGGUCUUCCAGAAGGUGCACUUCGAGUCGCCCGACCUCGCCGUGGGACUGCUCGGUAUCGUCGCGUCCUGCCUCGGCACGGCCGUGGAGAUGGAGAUGGAGCGGAUUAGGGCCAAGGAGAUCGAGGAGUCGGCCAUCAAGGCCAACCCCGCCGCCGCCGUCGAUGACGACGAUGACAACGGCGAAGAUGCGGAAGAGGCAGACGAUCUGACGAUGCUGGUGGGGAUGGAAAUGGAGAAGGAGCUCUGGGCCAGGAUCGGCAUCCAUCAUGACGACGACGACGACGACAUGCCGCUGGGCGACAACGACGACGAGCAGGAGGCCAUUGAGGCCGCCCGCGCCGGCAUACGGAAGGCCGCGUACGAGCGGAUCAUUGCCACCUCCGAGGCCAACUCGCUCAUCCUCUCCAACUACGCGCAGCUCCUCUACGAGUUCGACAAGGAUCUCGACAGGGCGGAGGAUUAUUUCAAGCGUGCGGUCGCCAUCGAGCCGCCUGACGGCGAGGCGAUGCGGAGGUACGCGGUCUUCCUCUGGCAAGCCCGCGGUGACCUGGCCGGCGCGGAGGACAUGUUCACCAGCGCCAUCGACGAGGAGCCGGACAGCAGCCACCACCGGAGCAGCUAUGCGUGGUUCCUCUGGAUGACUGGCGGUGUGGAGACCUGCGUCAUCGACUCCGGCAACAACGACGACACCGAAUGA